UUGAAAAGCUUCAUCCUCAAAAUUACAAAUCUGUGCAUAACCGGGUUUCAUCUUCUUCCGAUCAGGUCGCAGAUCAAAGAAAUCUUUCACUUAUUUCAUCCAUCAGAUUCCAAAUCCUUGCGAUGGCGCGUGAUGCUGAUGGAGUUGGGUGUUCUUCAAGCUCUUCUGGUUCAACUAAGAGAAGGAAGUAUGAUGUGUUUUUGAGCUUUCGAGGGGAAGAUACUCGGAAAAAUUUUACUGAUCAUUUGUAUGCUGCUUUAAAACGCAAAGGAUUAAGAACUUUCCGGGAUGAGGAAGAACUUGAAAGGGGAGAAUCUAUUAAUCCAAGUUUAUUACAAGGAAUUGAAGAAUCUCGUUCUGCAAUUAUUGUGUUCUCUCUAAAUUAUGCUUCUUCAACUUGGUGUUUGGAUGAGCUUCAAAAGAUCCUGCAGUUGAAGGAAGAGACAAGUCUUGAAGUAUUUCCGAUAUUUUACGGUGUAGAUCCAUCUGAUGUUAGGAAACAAAAGGGAAGUUUUGCAGAGGCAUUCAGAAAGCAUGAAGAAAGAUUUGCACAUGACAAAAUGAAGGUGGAAAAAUGGAGGGAUGAUUUAGAAAAAGUUGCUGCUAUAUGUGGUUGGGAGUUAAACGACGGGUAUGAAGCAGAAUUCAUUGAAAGCUUUGUUGGAGAAAUGGAGUCAAAGUUGCUUGAUAAAUCAGCAUCUAGUCUUGGCAGGUUAAUUGGAAUUGAACCAAAAUUAGAUAAAUUGGAGUCAAUCGUGGAAAGUGAAUCAAAAGGAGAUGGGUUUAUAGGAAUAUGGGGCACAGGAGGUGCAGGGAAAACAACUCUUGCUAGAGCCUUUUAUGAGCGAAAGCGCAGAAACUUUAAGAAUCAUUGUUUUCUUCCUAAUAUUAGAGAGGCAUGUGAAAAAGAUCGUUUGAUUUCAUUGCAAAGAAAACUUCUUUUUUCUUUAGAUAAAAGGAGUAUGGAAGUGACUGAUUCUUAUGAAGGAAUGGAGUUAAUAAAAAGCAAGUUGACCAACAGAAAAAUUCUACUUGUCCUUGAUGAUGUGAAUCAUAUUGAGCAACUUGAAAAUUUCACUCCAAGGCAAGGAUGGUUCAGCAAAGGGAGCAUAAUAGUGAUAACAACAAGGGAUAAGCAUUUGCUAUCAUCAUAUGGUGUAUCUGAUAGUGCUAUAUAUGACAUUGAAUUCUUGACUGAUAGUGAGUCCCGUGAACUUCUCAUUCAAAAUGCCUUUAAAGAAGGGCAACCUGAUGAAAUUUUUUUGAAACUUGCUACAAACGUCAUUGAAUAUGCUGGAGGCCUUCCUUUAGCAAUCAAAGUGUUAGGUUCAUUUCUUUGCAAAAGGAAGAUAGAGGAAUGGGAAUAUGCACUGGCUAAGUUCAAGAACUAUCCUCCAGAGGACAUUUCGAAGAUACUUGAAGUGAGUCUUCACGGAUUAGAUAACCAGGAGAAAACCAUAUUCUUGGAUAUUGCUUGCUUUUUCAAUGGGAUGGAUGAAGAUCAUAUCAUACACAUUUUAGAAACGUUCGAUAAGGAUCUUCACACAAAAAUUGGAAUAAGGGUUCUUAUUGAGAAAUCACUAGUAAUUAAUUAUGAAGGGCGUUUGUGGGUGCAUGAAAUUUUGCAAAAUGUGGCUAAGCGUGUUGUCUAUCAAGAAUCACUUGGUGAUGCCAGCAAGCGUUCUAGGAUAUUGUCCUUGGAUGAUGCCAAUCAUGUAUUAGGAGGAAAUAAGGUGACAUUCCAAAGUUCUUGUGUUUGUGCACUCUUAUAA